AUGGACCUAAAAAUCUGCUGCAAAGGAUUGGACCCCAUAUUUCAAAAUAGGAGACUUAUUUUCGUACUCCAAUCUCUGCCCAAGAUAGGUAAGUCGGUGUACCGUGCCGUAACACUUCGGUUUCUUGCCACGGGAGAUUCAUAUACUAGCCUUCAGUAUCUAUUCAGAAUUUCCAAGCAGUCGAUUGGGCGUGUAGUACCCCAAGUUUCUACCUAA